AUGAAGCUGGCGGCAGAGUCCAAGGCGAACGUUGAGAAACAGCGACUGGAAUUUGAUAAGGAGAAAUGGUCUACCCAAGAAGCACUUGAACGGGAUCGUCUAGCUUUUGAAAAGUCGAAGUGGGAAAAGGAGCGUGAGGAUCGACGAUCGGAGCUAAACGAGGAGAAGCGAUUUCACGUCUUGAGCUCAUUAAUUGAGAAGGGUCGCAGUGCCGAAGAAGCUGAAGCAUUUCCAAAUCUGCUGUAG